AUGGAGCGAAGGGAGGCUCAUUUGCAGAGGAGAGAAGGGCUGGGAACGGAGCAGGAAUAGCCCUCUGGAGCAGGUGAGCCACCCUGUGGGAGUGCAGAAAGCUCAGGAAACACUGAGAUGCACAGAGCUCCAGACUUGGUGCAACGGACCCGACAAAUGGAGGCUGUGAAGACACAAAUGCUGAAGCAAGCACACGGACAGCUGCUGGAUCUGCUGGAUGGGGCCAUGUGGAAGGCUACACAAUCCCAUCUGCCACAAGGCAGAUCUUUGCCCUCCACUCCCCCAGAUUCCUUGAGCAAGACCUGGGAGCCAUCUCUGGGGAAACAGAAAGUAUUCAUUAUCCGCAGAUCCCUGCUUGAUGAGCUGAUGGAGGUACAGCACUUCCGCACCAUCUACCACAUGUUCAUAUCAGUCUGUGUCUUCAUUAUCAGCACACUGGCCAUCGACUUCAUUGAUGACGGCAAGCUGGUGCUGGAGUUUGACCUACUGAUCUUCAGCUUCGGACAGUUGCCCUUGGCGCUGGUGACGUGAGUCCCCAAGUUCCCUUCCACUCUGCUGGCGCACUACCAGACCCUAUGGCUGUGGGCGGGGCCCCGGGCCGGGGGCGCCUGGACGCUGGGGGCCGGCCUGGGUUACGCACUGCUGGCCGCCCACGGCGCGGUGCUCGCGCCCCUCCCGGUCUACGUGGCCCUGGAGCAUCAGCUCCCGCCGGCCCCCCGCUGCGUCCUAGUCUUUGAGCAGGUUAAGCUCCUGAUGAAAAGCUACUCCUUCCUGAGAGAGGCUGUGCCUGGGACCCUUCGUGCCAGAGGAGGUGAGUGGAUCCUGGCCCCCAGUUUCUCCAGCUACCUCUACUUCUUCUUCUGCCCCACACUCAUCUACAGGGAGACUUACCUUAGGACACCCAACAUAAAGAACUUUGCCCAGGCCCUGGGCUGUGUGCUCUACACUUGCUUCAUCCUGGGUCAACUCUGUGUUCCUGUGGCAAAGAUGACCUGGGAGCCCUUUAACACUCGUGCCCUGGUGCUCUCUAUUCUGCAUGCCACGUUGCCAGUCAUCUUCAUGCUGCUUCUCAUCUUUGCCUUCCUCCACUGCUGGCUCAAUGCCUUCAUGAAGAUGCUGCAAUUUGGAGAGAGGUUGUUCUACCUGGACUGGUGGAACUCAAGAUCCUUCUCCAACUACUACCGGACUUGGAACGUGGUGGUCCAUGACUAGCUGUACAGUGUGUAUCAGGAUGCACUGUGGCUCUUUGGUGGCCGGGCCUGAGGGGCAGCCAUGCCGGCUGUGUUCCUGGUCUCUGCAGUGGCCUAUGAGUACAUCUUCUGCUUUGUCCUGGGCUCCUUCUACCCCAUCACGCUGAUGCUCUUCCUUGUCAUUGGAUGGCUGCUGACCUUCACGAUGCAUGACUGGCACACAGGCCCAGCAUGGAAUGUGCUGAUGUAGACCUUGCUCUUUCUGGGCCAGGGCAUCCAGGUCAGCCUCUACUUCCAGGAGUGGUAUGUGCAGAGGCACUGCCCCCUACCCCAGACAACCUUCUGGGAGCUGGUGACACCUCAGUCUUGGUCCUGCCAUACCUAG